GAAGCAACGCAGUGUCGGCCACCACCAUCGAAGCUGAAAACUCGCCCGUUCAUUAUAAUCGCUUGUUCACUAAGCCUAUCAUAUCUCCAAUCUCUUUUAUUUCUUCUUAUUAUUAUUCCUAAUAUACGGCUUCAGCUGUAACGACCGAAUGGAGAAACCAAACUGACACCGUCGGCGGACUGCACAGAACGGACGUCUACUCAACAUGCCUGCGCGAAACUCUCAAUCUGCGCCAGUUUUAUGCGACGAAAGAGAUGCAAAUCGAUAUGUAUCUAGGGUAAUACCACCGGUGAUAUUCGGAAUAUUUGCUUAUGCAAGCUAUGUUGUAACAAAGCCGCUUUGUGUUGAUUACUUGAUCAAUCCUCGGCCACACCAUUACGAUCGCGAUCCACGAGUAGGCACUGGCAUUGCAAUCAUUGUAGUGUUCUAUGUCCUCCUUUUCCCUACGAUCACCACAUAUCUUCGUCUUGUCCUUGUCGUCGCAUUCAACCCGGACUAUUUGCCGAGAGGAGCGGAUUGGGCGCCUACCGAACCAGAGCAUGAAAGCUGGUUAUCGAAGAGACGCAGGAGGGCAGACCAUGGCAACGAGAUUACGACUAAAAAUAACGAAAAACGAUCCGCUGCCGAGUCUGCCGACAUAGCACGGCAGACUGGCGGAGUUGCAUAUCCGCUCGACGAGAAUGGCCAAGAGAAGUUCUGGAUGAAGGACAUUUACGUUUGUCAAGAUGAUGGGCGGCCGGCCUAUUGCUCUAAAUGCUGCCAGUUCAAGACGGAUCGGGCACAUCAUAACCGCGACGCUGAUCGUUGUGUGCGCAAACUUGAUCACUUCUGUCCAUGGGUUGGCGGAGUCGUUUCGGAGAGCUCAUUUAAGUUCUUUCUUCAAUUUGUUAUUUAUACUGCAUUCUUCACAUGCUUUUGUUUAAUUGUUCUUGCUAUUUUUGUUGCCGAGCAUCGUUCUGAUACCGGUAGAGUGAAUGCUCAAUGGGUUGUCGCGUUAGGGUUAGCCGCUUUAUUUUUCCUCUUUUCCGGAGGCAUGAGCGGAACAUCACUACAACUAGCUUCUUUAAAUACUACAACAAUCGAAAAUCUUAGUAGGCGAUCUAAGGUAUGGAUGCUUGCUAUAUAUAUUAGUCCACAACAGUAUCAACGCAUGACAAAUCGGACGAGCGGUCCAUGGGCUCUAACUUUUCCCACGGUGACGUUUCCGACUCAACCUCCACCUGUGCCCUCUACCACGCCCGGUGCACCUUCAUCUGAGGCCGAACCUCAAUCCAAUGGCGUUGCGAGCACUGCGCCGAAUAAUACGAAUAAUGCAAAUAAUACUAAUCAACCAACCGACAUGCGCAUGUUCGCAAUUCUCCGCACUCAACCCGGCGAAAACCCCUUUGAUCUUGGUGAUCCCAUCAAAAAUCUCCAACAGGUCAUGGGCAAUACACUUUGGGAUUGGUUACUACCCUUGAGGAUAGCUCCAUGUGUCGACCACAGUAGUAUUGUCAGUGCAUAUCCCAUGGGUUCUGUGGUGGAUCGUUUGAAACGAGAAGCUGGUAUUUUGUUCGAAGACGACGAGGGAGAAGGGGGCAAUGUACAUACUCAUCAACAAGCCGCUAUCAAACAUCAGAAACGCGAGCAUGGGCAUGAAACUCAAUGCUGAUAUAUA